AUGGUCUCUUUCUCAGUAAUUAACAGUCUGCUGUCUCGACGUGCGGUUAAAUAUUCCUCUUCGAUCGUACUUCGACGCCCAUAUUGGUUAUCGUCUAAAUUGUAUUAUUCUAUACAAGUCGAAAAUCGAGUUCAAGAUAAGCUAGUAUCUGUAAAGUGGGAUGAUGGUAAAAUUACAGAUUAUCCUCAUGUUUAUCUUCGCGAUAAUUGUCGAUGUCCGUCUUGUUUCGAUCCUCAAGCGCAACAACGUAUCAUCUCGAAUCCUAUCUAUCAUAACUACGCUAAUGCAACAGUAAAGACAGCUUGUAUGAACGAGAAUAAGGAUAAAUUACAUCUAGAAUGGAUAAACGACGGCGAGCAUACGUCUAGUGUGUUUGAAUUAGAUUGGUUAAAAGCUCAUCGAUUUACUGGAGAUGACAAAAAGGAUGUACAUCCAAUUAAAAGACAGUUAUGGGGUAGCGAAAUACAAAACGACAUACCGCAAUUCCAUUUUGAUCGGAUUUUAAACGAUAAAUCAGAACUAUAUCGAUGGCUACGAUGUGUAAUGGAAAGGGGUAUUGCGUUAAUAGUCGGCUUACCUAAAAGAGUCGGUCAAGUAGAGAAAGUUGCAGCAAAAAUAGGUCAUCUUCGCGAAACGGUUUAUGGAUACACCUUUCAUAACCAAAGUAAAGGUGACCAAGCAACAACUCUUGCCUAUAGAAGCGGGGGGCUGGCAUUGCAUACUGAUUAUACCUAUUACGACAACAUUCCUGGGAUAUUCAUGCUCCAUUGUAUAAUAGCAGCUAAUGAAGGAGGCGAGAGUCAAUUUACGGAUGGAUUUAAAGCUGUUGAGCAAUUGAGGGCCAGCCAUCCUAAAUAUUUUCAAACGUUGACAGAAUUUCCUGUUCAUCACAAAGAUAUUGGUACUGACUCUUAUAAUUUUAAUCUUAUGGCUAAACACCCAAUUAUCCGAUUAAAUGAAAAUGGAGAUCUUAAACAAAUUUGCUAUGCUGAUCAUGCUCGAACUUCAAGAAUAGAUGUACCUCAUUAUAAAUUGACAGACUUUUAUAAUGCUAUGACGCAAUUUUUAAGAUAUGCUUACAGUCCGGCUAAUAUUAUACAAUUUAAGCUGCAACCUGGAACUUUGAUUUCUGUCGAUAAUUUUCGUGUUUUGCAUAGUAGAAUGGCUUUUGUCGUGUCUCCAGAUAAUUUUAGGCAUAUUGAAGGUGGACACGUUGAUUGGGAUGGAGCAACAUCUUGUAUGAGAGUACUAGAGAAAGAACUUAACAUAGAUUAUAGAACUUCUAACAUUUAG